AUGCGAUGUCAGCACUGCAGCUUGGCCUUAUGGUUCCUCGGCUCAGUGGUUCUGCCUUCGCAGGCCAAGAACAUCAUGCGGCGAUCGCAGUCUCUUAUUGCCAGUGACGGAGCCAUUCUUCAGCAAAUUCUAGCAUCGUCGGAAACUGAUGCUGCUAUGCCCGUUUACAAGAUUUACUUCAACCUCCGAGGGAAGCACAUGUGUUGGCAGAGAGAGUCCGAAGGCUGUCGUUCGUCUGCAGCUGAAUGCAAUGUGGAGUAUUGCCAUGCCGACGAUCCUGGCUGUGAUUGUAUGAAAGUGGGAUUUCGGAAUUGCAGUCAAAGCAGGCUGGCAGCGUUGCAGCUGUUUGUGGAGACGAUGAGGCAACCAGAUGGGAAGUUUCCAAACCACACCUAUUACUGGCGCCAGCUCCGGGUGAAGUAUUACGACUCCUCAGAUUGGGGCGACCGCGCCCAUGAUUUCGGAAAGGCCUUGGAGUCCUUUCUGGCUUGCAACGCAGAGCCCUGCGAGUGCCGAAGUGGGAGUGUCUUCGGUUUUGCCUGGGAUGGGAGCAGGCUGGUAAACGUGGAGGAGGAGACGCGCCGCAGCAUCGGUCCAUCUCCUUUUCAUGUCAAAACUGGCGACACGACGUUGACUUUGCGUGAAUACAACAUGCGAUUGAAGGACAGCAAGAUGCAAGCUGAAGCCUCCCUCACCUACCACGAUCCUAUAUCUUCAUCGACUCAAAGUACAUCCACGACCACUCACAUGCAUUCACUCUCGACCACUCGCACACCUUCGCGAGCCACCAGCACCAGCAGCACGACCACUACCAGACCACCCAGGACGACCACUGCUGUCACCACUUCGGCCUCAGAUGACAUCGAGGAGGACAGUUCCGAGGAGGACUCCACAACCGACAUCAGCACCACCACAGGAGCGGAUGACUGGGAUGAGGAAGAUCCGGCCGGCGAGGAGCAGGAGAACCCUGUGGUCACUUCCAGCGCCAUGCUGACAUCGACAGAGCAGACGUCGACCCAGCAAGGCACGUCGCGCGAGUCGCAACCUCCGAGCACAAGCCCUCCCACUACGACAACUCCCUCGCCGGCAGGGCCUGGCUCCGACAAAGGUGGCAAGACAGGGAGUGACGACGGUCAGGGCGGCGGCGGUGACGGCGAUGGCAGCGAUGACAAUGCUGGCGAUGAUGGUGGUGACAGCACUGACAGCAGUGACGGUGCCGAAGAAGAUGAUCGAGAUGAGGCGAACGGUGAUGAUGAGGAGUCUGAAGGGGAUGGUCAGACAGCCAAGUCGAGAACCUCGGCGACUUCGACCACAACUGCUGCUUCUGAAAUUAUCACCACUUCCGAGUCCACUUCAACAACUUCCACAACUACUUCCACGUUAACAGUGACGAGCACCACAACAUCUCUGACAAAGACAACUACGACAACGACGACACAGUUCUGCCAUUGCUUUUCCAACGUGUCAUGGCGGAAGGAGACCCCGGGCCGUUUGCCGUCGUCUCCCGGUGGCUCAGCACGUCUGCGACGCACGGUGGCUACAGCGGCUGUGACGGCAGCGGUGGGAGGUUGCAAGAAGUUCUGCCUCCAGGACGACUUUGUGAAUGCCAUCGCCAGACAGAAGGGCAGCGAUGACUAUUGCACCUGCUACACGAAAGAAACCAGCAAUCCAGUGUAUGAUGCGACGACCAGGUUCGAGGAGAACCAGUCCCUCAUCGGAGAAUGGAACCUGGAGGCCCCAGAUGGUGUCCGAGGCUACACCAAGCUGGUGGUCCCAAAGACCAGCUCCGACAAGAUCAAGGCGCACGCAGGAUGCCCGGAGGACAGUUCUGACUGCUCUGCACUCUUCGGCCUUGGCUGUGGGGACAAGCCGCCUUUGCUGUGCCCCAACACUCACGAGCACAGUCCCUUCGUGACAACACUGCCUCCGAACGUUCGGCCUUCGGACAGCUUCUUUCUGAGUGAGGCUUGUACAGGUGCUUCGGUCUCCAAUGCUUCGGAGUCCCACGCCAGCCGGUGCAGCAAUGCGUGGCUGGUUUUUGACCUGGAGGAGAAGUUCACUGUCACGAAAGUACGAUUCCACAACUACGUCACUCAGGAUGCAGUCCGCAAGGUCACCUUCAGUGGCAGCAGCAGUGUGGGAGACUGGGUUCCGGCGCAAGCCAUUGACCUGCCGAACGCAGCCACGGAGCGGUCGCCUUCAGCAGAGAAGCAUUCCGUCUCUGACCACGUCUUGGACGUUCCGAUCAGCGAGAGGUUUCUAAAGAUGGACAUUCUUGAGAACUACGGCAGCAGAGGUGUAGGGUUCUUUCGCAUCGAGUUCCAUGGGUUCAGGUACUUCUUCACGGACUUUACCAAGUACGCUGGCAAGGCCUGUGGAGGCUACGAGCUCGAGGACAUGGCCGGGGCUCGCGGCUCCGAGCAGCGCUGCCGGGCUCAGUGCGCCGCGCGCUUGGACUGCGCUGCCGUCGAGGUCAUCCACUCCGGGGCAUCUGCUGGCAGCUGCAUCUUCCACAGCAACAUCUGGAUCCCCACCAGGUCUCUGGAAGACGAGCGUGAUUGCUUUGUCCGGGAGGGUCAGACGGUCUUCUGCCAGCGCGGCCUUCCGUUGCACGACGUCUGCUGCAGCCCAGAGUGCGGCACCUGCGGAGGCGACAAGUGUUCUUACCGCCCCGGGGGUCGAUCCAAGUGCUGCGCCGGCUCCAUCAGAGUCAUGCGGCACCUCUGCGCCAACACGACAGAUGUGGCUUGCCGAAUUCCACGGCCUCGACGCGCUGGAAUUCCGACACUCCGCCUGACGUUCGAGAACGAAACCGGAGGCUCCAAUGCAAGCGAAGACCUUCGGCCUUCGAAGACUGUCAAGGUCAGCGGGUUUCAGCCAUCGACGACGCUGUCACGGGCAGGCGGAACAGCUGCCGACCUCACAGGUGUGAAUACCGGCAUCGAGAUCCGCAACUACGGGCGGUGGUUCACAGCCACCUCGACUUACAUGUGCUGGAUCCGGCCAACCUUCGUGAGGGAUCAAAGCUGGUAUUUCAUCUUCCGCAGCAGCGGCUACACCAUGCACAAUCCCGAGGACGGAAGUUGGGCCGUGGAGUUCCAGUGCAAGGGUGACAAGGCGCGGCUGAUGAUCUGGACUCGGCAGCCCGCCGGUCUCGGUGCCGUCAGCACGGAGUUCAAGGCAAAAGCUCGCUGGGCUGACCGGUGGACUCAUGUCGCAGUGGUGAUGCGAGUGGGAGGUGCUUUCCCACAGCUCUACUUGAAUGGCCUUCCCGAGGAAGUGGAGGACAGCUCUGCUCCUUGGUCUGAGUUGGAAGACAUCGUCUACAAUGAGAACCAGUACCUGAUCAUCGGAAAGGCAGCAGAAACUGACCAGCAGUUUGACGGCUUCAUCGAUCACUUCGAGAUUUACGAGGAGACCCUUACCCCGCAGUUCAUGCGCAAGCACUACAACACAAUCGAAGCCGCAAAGGAUGAAGGAGAGGAAGCCACAAUAAUUCGCCAAAUAUGCCUGCCACCGACCGACACUACAGGCUACAUCAUCCAGGGAGGCAGUGCAGCACGAAACAGCUUCGAUGUGUCAGCAAGCUGUGAUGAUGCAAUGGGGUAUGGAGGGAUGGCUGUCGUUACUCGGUGUUCCAUGACCUCCAAGCGGUAUGCUCUUAGUGGCUGCCUGCUGAAGGAGCAGCGCCUUGGCGGAAGCUUCAGGACGAAUGCACGAUGCAAUUGGGCGGAUGCCGCUGUCGUUGCCAGGGCAGGGAGUGAUGCAUCGAAGUCAGGUGCAAAGCUCUGCAACACGUCGCCGCUCGCCGUUCCGUCCUGGCCCCCGUCGCCAGGGACCGAAGACCCGCAGCGAUAUGGACCACAGUCUGACAAGGCGAAGACAUCCGGUAGAAUCAACAUGCAGAUACAGGUGCUCUGCGUGGCGCUUUGCGUUGUCGUGCAGCGAUUCAGCGCAGCCUUCCUCCCGUCGCCUGCCGCUGCGCCACGAUUCCAGCCACAGCUUCGUGCGGUUGAGGCUGCCGCCAUCUCGACUGGGUUGACGCUCGCUGGAGCGACUCCUGCCCUGGCCACCUGGGGCGAGGGAUCGGAGGCCGGGCAGAACAUCGACCCGGACUCCACUGAGGCCUACAACCGCAAGGAUGGUGGAGUGCACUCUGGCUUGUGCCAGGAUUGGACGCGGUCCAAGCUCCUAGCAAAAAGAGGGCCACGCAGUGAGGGCAACUUCCGAGUGCCAAGCUCGCAGCAUGGAGAUGCGAAGCGCGCCCUCCACAGCAUUGCGCACAGCUUCGACGCCUGCCUCGCUCCAGACGCCGCAAAUCCUGCAGGCACGGCCGCCGGGCCUUCCAGGCCCUUGCUCCAGCUGGCGCCGGCAGUUCUUGUCGGCAGCCUGGCUCUGGGUCGCCGACGCUGGUCAGAGAGGUCGAGGGCCCCGGCCCAGUCUUGGCGUCGCACGGCCAGACAAGCUCUAGAGCCCGGCAGUUCACCGGAAGACCGUAUCCGUAAUUUCUCCAUCAUCGCGCACAUCGACCAUGGCAAGUCGACCCUUGCGGACCGUCUGCUGGAGAUCACUGGCACGGUUACCAAAGAAGACAUGAAGCAACAGCUGCUCGACAACAUGGACAUCGAGCGCGAGCGAGGCAUCACCAUUAAGCUGAACACUGCUCGGAUGGACGUAAACGAGGGUGGCGAGGACUAUGUCUUGAAUCUGAUCGACACGCCUGGCCACGUGGACUUUACGUACGAAGUUAGUCGAUCCCUGGCGGCGUGCGAAGGGGCGCUGCUCGUGGUGGAUGCCACGCAGGGGGUGCAGGCGCAAACCCUGGCCAACGUGACCUUAGCUCUAGAAGCCGACCUGGAGAUCGUACCUGUCCUGAACAAGUGCGACUUGCCAAGUGCCGACCCAGAGCGGGUCUGCAAGGAGAUCGAGGAUGUUGUAGGCAUCGACUGCAGCAAUGCUCUGCAGUGCUCUGCCAAGACUGGGGAGGGCGUUCCAGGCAUCAUCAAGAGCAUCAUCGACUGCGUACCAGCACCGGCAAAGUCCGAUGAGCAGACGCGCAUGAGGCUUCUUGUUUUCGACAGCUUUUACGACAACUAUCGGGGCGUCAUCGCCAUGUUCCGUGUUGUGGAUGGAAGCAUUUCCAAAGGACAGAAGAUCCGCUUCAAGAACUCUGGAAAGGAGUUCCUCGUGGAGGAGAUCGGCAUCAUGAUUGGGGGCGCUCGAAAGCCUGUCCAGAAAUUGAGCGUGGGCGAGGUCGGCUACGUUUGUGCCAACAUUAAGACAGUCGGUGAUGCUCGCGUGGGAGACACCAUCAUCGAGGCCGGCACUGAGGACGAGGUGGAGGCUUUGCCCGGCUACACGGAGGCCACUCCCAUGGUCUUCUGCGGCCUCUUUCCUGCAGUGUCCGGAGACUUCGAUGCCAUGAGGAGCGCCUUUGACAAGCUGAGCUUGAACGACGCAGCCCUGUUCUACCAGCCUGAGAACUCGGUAGCAUUGGGCCUUGGCUUUCGCUGUGGUUUCCUCGGCGUGCUGCACAUGGAGGUCGUCAAGGAACGCCUCGAAAGAGAGUACGACCUCGACCUCAUCGUGACGGCCCCGUCUGUGGAAUACCAACUUCAGAUGAAGGACGGAUCUGAGACAACUAUUCAGUUCGCCAACAUGCUGCCACCACCCACGAACAUUGCAGAGAUCCGCGAGCCGUACUGUUUGCUUGAGCUGAUCGUUCCGGAGGAGCACAUGGGACCCUGCAUGGAACUGGCGGUUCAGCGUCGUGCCAUCUACAGGACGACCAGCUUUCUCACUCAAGGGCGCGCCUUGUUGGAGUAUGAGAUGCCCAUGGCAGAGAUGAUUCGCGAUUUCUUCGCUGAGCUAAAAAGCCGCUCACGUGGCUAUGCUUCCAUGGACUACCGCAUCAUGGACUUCAGGCCCAACGAUCUGGUGAAGCUUGAGGUGGAUAUCAACAAGACCACGGCCAACCCGUUGGCGCAGAUCGUGCAUCGUUCGCGAGUCCAAGAGUUCGCCAGGAAGAUUGUCAAGAUCUUGAAGGAAGAGAUCCCCGCUCAGCAGAUCAAGGUCAUCAUCCAGGCACGUAUUGGCACCCACAUCAUUGCCUCGGAGAACAUCAAAGCUGUGAGGAAGGAUGUCUUGGCGAAGUGCUACGGCGGUGACAUCUCCCGCAAAAAGAAGCUGCUGCAGAAGCAGGCAGCCGGCAAGAAGAAGAUGCAGGCCAUUGGCAAGGUCAACGUGCCUUCCGAGCCUUGA